CGCUCCGGUUGACACAAUUUCUAGUUUGAAAGCCAAUGUACGAAAGUAAAGCAAACUCGCGUACGGCUACCGUGAACAUGACGGGCGAAGUGAACGUAAACGAAAACGAGUAUUCAGGUAGCGAUUACGGUAACGCAGUCGGUGACGCCGAAGCAAUUGACGCCGAAGCAAAUGCAUCGAAUGGUUACGUCGGAUCAGAAUCUCCGUCGAAGGAUGAUUCGCUGAAGAACAACGAUGAUGACGAGGAUGGAAAUCUCAAACCUAGUGCCAUCUGCGCCAUAAAAUACGUCGGUAUCCCAGUCCAGGGCUUCGUAACUGGAUUUAUGGGAUUCGGUUUGUAUAUGAUGUUUGGUUUCAUUUUGGGUCCUUGGGGAAGGGACUUGCCUACCGCAGAGGUGCUUUCAGCUACCAGUCUAAUCAGCAUAUUCCACUCUUUCAGCAUAUUUUUUGGAAUUUGGGUGGACUUGUUUCCAAUCAGGGGACUUUCGUGGAAACCUUACUUAAUUUUUGGAUGGAUCAUCUUUCUUGCCUUUAAUUUACCCAUUGCGAUCAUUGGAGAGGCGAUCGAAACGAAUACACUGGUUAUUUUAUUUGCUUUGUCUCAGUUUGGUCUUCAGCUUUCCACCACAGCCGUGGAAGGAUAUCUUCCAUGGAUUACUUCGAUGGAAUCAACAAAAACGAAGGGUUCAUUUCAGACCUUGAGAGACCUAAUUAUGACAGCUGGCGUACUUUGUGCCAUUCUGUUCAUAUUUUUUGCUUUUUCAGGACCAAAAUUCAAUUGUCGCGGGUAUGAACCAGACCCAACCGUCCCAUGUACCACCGAUGAAACUAUGCGUCUACAAAAUUCUCUCAGCGAAUCGAAUCCAGAUGACUGGUGCCACAUGAAAUGUCCGGAGGCUAUCUUAAACUAUGACUUUAGUAUCAGAACGGUUUAUACUGUUUUGAUUACGKUGAUUCUGCUCUCAUUGCCCUUCUGCUUUUUUCUGCGCGAGGAGAAGAAAACGAAGAAAAAUAUCAUUAAAACUCUUGGAAGGAUGUGGCGGGCAUUGACCAAACGCUCUGUAUGGCAGAUUGCGUUGUACGCUCUAGUGCUUGGCACUUUAAUGCACGUCGAAAACCCUGCUUACAUGCAAUUUUCAGCCAGUCAUAUAUCGAAUAGUACUUUCAUGCAGAUAGCGACUAACGUGCUUUCAAUUUUGAUGGUUUCCAUAGUGCUUGGUGUGUUGGCGAAAUAUGGCCUUGGUUUUUCUUGGCAUAAAUUGCUUCUCAUCGGAACACUACUGGAUGCAGUUUUGGAGGUGCUCAGGCUUGCUUUUGUAUUUGACAUCGUCCGUUCCCCUGUCUUGUGGGUACUUGUCGAUACGCCAAGAGGGUUUCUCACGAUGUUGACAUCCCUUCCAAUAACUUAUGCCGUCAAUAUUAUUGCACAGGAAGGUCUCGAAGCAACAACGGCAUCAUUAAUUUUGACGAUGACUACACUAGCAGCUUUCUUGGCCAGACAAGUCAUCUCGAUGCCACUUCUUUCAUUUUUCCCAUUGCUUGCCUCCACUGAAAAAAUAUUCGAAGAUAGCCAAGAAGUACGACUAGAAUUCCUGAAGUUUGACUCAAUUGCCAUUUUGAUGAAGUUGAGUACACUUUAUAUGCUUCCAAUGUUACCCCGUCAAAGAGCAGAGGCAAAAGCCUUGAAGGACGAAGACGAACGUUCUCCUAUAUGGGGAGGGAUUACUCUCUUCAGCACUUUAGUCCUGAUGCUGUAUUCCGCCUGUGUUGCUACCGUACCAUAUGCGAUUCCAGGUGCAAGAUGCUAUAAAUUACGUACGUUGACGAAAAGAAACAAGACAUUUGGCUUCGAGUUGGAGUUCUAGUUGGCCAUCUCACGCUCUCCUUUGCCAUUCGUGCGUAUUUUUUUUUCACAUUCGCAAAAUGGAUUGAUCAACCAUUGCGAACAACUUUUUAUGCCAUGUCGCAUCUUGUCACGUCGUAUCUGAAGUGGGAGGUCAAGGCUGUAGCGAAGACUCGAAUGAUACAGCCUUGGUAAUUUUACAAAUUGUGAUCAUGACAUCGUUUUGUUUUGUCAUUCCGACGGUGUUGAUCUACUGGCCUAUUCUCAGAGGCAAAGCAAAAUUUAGCCGGGAUAUGUACUUGUAAAAAAUGGAAAGCAGGUCUUUUCUUGGCAAACAAGAAAUCAAACUACCCAUACAGUAUGUGUAUUUUGCAACUAAAAUUGCAUUAUCGUAAUUGCCCCCAUGCAACGCAAAAACAAUACUGAAUAGCCCUACCCCAUAUAUUUCUAUKWACGGUGACCRAUAUYCCUCUUUUUGMAACAGUAUACCAAAAUUUGUGUGUAAAUUAACUAACUAAAACAGU